AUGGGUCCCACUCCAGGUCCUAGAGCCAGUGAUUACUUGCUUACACCGCUGAUUAGACCGCAGCAAAAUUCAUUGUCAGCCCAGGGAACCGUGAGCCUCAAUACGGUUGACGACGUUCUGAACCCUGCUCAAAGGGGUGGUUCGCCCGUUGACUCACCGAAGUUCAGAUCAAGGCAUAUGCCACGGUUGAUCAGCCCUAGACAACAGACCUUGACGGGCCGGGCCAUAGAAGCUUUCGAGCCACCCUUCACAAGGCUCAGGGGUGAAAGUGUUUUGAAUUAUCCGAGACUAUUCUGGAACUUCUGCUCCGUACCGACAGGAAUCUUAUUCUGCCCCCCCCCCCCCCCCGGAUGCUGA